AUGCGAACAUGGCGGAGCGGGGAGGCUGGCGGGAGGCGGGAGGCAGUGGCGCUGGCCUGCGGCGCGUUCGGACCGGCUGUGGGGCGGGGCAGGGCGGAGAGGAGCCGUGCGGCGGGGCGGGGCCGGGUGGCGGGGCCUGGUUUCCUCCCUCAGCGCCAUUUUGUGGCAGCGAGACCCACAAAUAAAGGGGAGCACUGGGGUUGCGGCGGGAGUAGGAGCGCGGCGGGGCCGGCGGCAGAGCUGUCCGGCUGCGCGGUGGCCCGGGGGGCCCGGGCGGCAGGGCAAGCAGCGCGGCCUCGGCCUAUGCGACCGGUGGCGCCGGCGCGGCUUCCGCCUGGAGAGGUAAGUGCGGGCCGGCUGGCGGGAGCGGACGCGGGGGACCUCUGGGGCCUGAGGGGUGGCGCGCAGCCGCCCCAGGCGGGUAAGGGGCGGGCAGGGCCCGAAAGGCCACUCGGGCCUGGUGCGGCACCGGUCUCUCGUUAUCAGCUCUACCUUCCCGCCUGCGGGGAACACUUCCACCGCUUCGAGGCCAUUUUAUCUCCGUCCUCCGUCCCCAAGGCCCGGGGUGAGAGGGGUGGCCCGGGUUGAGAGGGGUGCUGCGGCGGCCGGAGAGACCGGCCACUCACGGAGGCCAGAGGAUGCCCUCCCCGGGCUGAGCGGCGGCCCUCGUUUUUUCCUCGCCUCGGUGUCGCCCCCUCCACCUCCCUUGGGUCUCUCCCGAGGACCUGGCGGCACUAACGAGUUCAGCAAGGAAAAAAAGAAACAUUCGUUCCUUGCAUUACAUGUCACGCAGUAGGAUGUUACUGCAGCUACGUUCUGUUGUAGACUUCCAUUUUUAAGUGAGUACAAGCAUUCUGAGGAAAGAAACUAAAUUAUUUGCAGGUUUUUGUGAAAUCCGAGUCUUACCUUGGAUCCCUGUGAGACAGUUACUAGAUUUUUUCCCACUGUUUUUCAUAAGUCAGUGUACACGUAGUGGAAAAGCCCAAGUUCUUGUUUUGAUAAAGUCACUCGGUUGUUUGAUCCCAAAUGACUAGCUUAACAUUAUCAAGGACUAGCAUAACUGUGAUUAUGUAAA